GUCCUCCCCUUGUCCUGGCUCAUUCAAUGACUACAGCAAGUGCAAGUACUCCACAUCCAAAAGGGUGCGUCACAGAACCCUUGACGAGCGCUCCCACUCCGUCUCACCAUGGACGUCAACGUGAAGACGUUUCCAAAUUCCGAGGUGGCAAAGGCCGAUUCAGAGCCCAACGAAACGGCUUCUUGGGACUCGUGUUUGGGACGCAUUCGCGGCUGCAUCCCGCUCCACUACCGCGCUGAACUCAUUCAGCUUCUCAAGCUCGCGGGGCCGGUGGUCAUUUCCCAGAUGAUGAUCUUCAUGAUCAGUAUCGUCAGCACGGUGUUCUGCGGCCAUCUGGGGAAAACAGAACUUGCAGCCGUGUCGUUAUCAAUUGCCGUGGUGAAUGUGACUGGUAUUUCGAUUGGGACCGGAUUAUCAUUAACUUGUGAUACCCUCAUAUCUCAGACCUUUGGGAGCGGAAACCUGAAGCGAGUGGGGGUGAUCCUCCAGAGGGGGGUUCUGAUUCUGCUGCUGGCUUGUUUCCCCUGCUGGGCUGUUCUCAUCAACACUGAACCUCUUCUACUCGUUGCCAAGCAGAGCCCAGAGGUUGCCAGUCUAUCGCAGCUUUAUGUGAAGAUCGCCAUGCCUUCUCUGCCGGCAGCGUUCAUGUACCAAUUGCAAGGGCGAUAUCUUCAAAAUCAGGGAAUUAUUUGGCCGCAGGUCAUAAGUGGGGCCAUCGGAAACCUCUUAAAUGCAUUAAUCAAUUAUGUCUUCCUCCAUCUUCUGCAUUUGGGAGUUGCGGGCUCCGCUGCAGCAAAUUCGAUCUCACAGUACGUGUUGGCCGUGGUCUUAUUUAUUUAUAUUAACAUGAAGGGGUUGCACAAGGCCACGUGGGGAGGCUGGUCACUGGAGUGUUUACGAGAGUGGGGGCCCUUUAUCAAGCUGGCUAUCCCGAGCAUGCUCAUGCUUUGUCUGGAGUGGUGGCUCUUUGAAGUGGGAGGAUUCAUCGCCGGGAUCAUUAGUGAAGCUGAGCUGGGAGCCCAGUCCAUCACGUAUCAGCUGACUGUUGUAGCUUACAUGUUCCCACUUGGAAUUUCUGCUGCUGCUAGCGUUCGAGUGGGAAAUGCUCUCGGUGCAGGAAACAGUGAGCAAGCUAAGCUGUCUAGCAAAGUUUCCAUCGUCUGUGCAUUCAUAGUGGCCUGUUUUGUUGGAACAAGCAUCACCCUUUCCAGGAAUGUAAUCGGCUACAUUUUCACCACAGAGCAAGACAUUUUGCAAAGGGCCGCCAACGUCCUGAUUAUCUUCGUCUUCAUGCAUCUUUCUGAUGCUGUUGCGGGUGUCAGUGGAGGUGUCAUUCGAGGGGUUGGAAGACCAAAGGUGGGUGCUCUAUGCAACCUGGUGGGACACUACUUCAUUGGCUUUCCCAUCGGUGUGUCCUUAACAUUUGCAGCACAUAUGGGGAUCUUCGGACUUUGGACAGGACUUACCAUCUGCGUGUUAAUGCAGGCUAUUUUCUUGCUAAUUUAUUUGUACAAACUUGAUUGGAAAAAGGCUGCCGAAGAAGCUAAAAUUAGAGCAGGGGUCCAGGCCACGGUUGAAGACAGGAUCAAGAUGGAAGAUUGCAAGUCAGACUCAAACACCAACCAGGCCCCGGUUCCUCCUGCGACACCUAAGUCUGAGAGCGCUGCUGCAGAGGAGCAUCAGAUUCCAGAGCUGUGUGAAACUGUGACUCCCGUCGUUGGAGAUGCGCUCACAUUAAGACAGUUGCUUUUACGGCGUGGCUUGGUUUUACUUUGCUUAGUUGUCAUCUUCAUCGCUGGAGUCUUUGCCAGUCACUUCCUUGUCAAACUUCUGAAAUAAGUUUUAAGGUUUAGUUUUUGGGGUUUUUUUUUUUUUGUCAUCUGACCGUCGUCAAGCGGAUCAUCGUCAUCAUUGGAGCAGCCAGCAGUGGUGAAAGAGCAAAGUUUCUUAUAUCUUGAGUAAAAUCAUCACAAUAACACCCUCCGUCAUAAAUCUCUCAAUAAGUAUGUAGAAGCAAAUAUUAUGUAUUCUAUCAGGUUCAUUCCAUAAUGACUUACAGUAAUAAUGUUAAUUUUGAGCCUUUGAACACAUUUUUCAUAUUUCGUUAUUGGCUGGCGACCAGUUUAGGGGGUAGUCCACCUUUCACCCGAAUUUAGGAGGAAUAGACUCCAGCACUCCCGUGACCCGUGUGAGGAUGAGUGGCUGGAUGGAAGGAUGAUUGACAUAUUCAAGGACCAGCGAUGGCAUGAAGAGUGACUGAAAGGCCACGCAGUGACGAUAUCGUCAGACCCUGGAGGAAGUUGGAGCUUACUGUGAAUCAAGAAUACGGUACAUGCCAAAUGAGGAAUAAAAAAAAAAAGACGAUUGGUCUCCGUGUGAGGGAGGAUGGCAGGAUGCAGCAGUUGGAGAAGCCAGUGCUCACAUCCUCAAAUGAGUUCAAGAUACAAACAAUCCAUCGACUUGUAAAUUCAUAGAAUGAGAACGUUGAGAUGAUCUCGAUGAGGAGAUCGUUCUAUGUUAAUAUGUAAGUUGACUAGUAAAAGUGUUUUUUGACAGAA